AUGACCAUGACUACCAUGCCAGAGAGUCUUAAUAGCCCUGUCUCAGGGAAGGCUGUCUUUAUGGAGUUUGGGCCACCCAGCCAGCAAAUGUCUCCUUCUCCCAUGUCCCACGGACACUAUUCCAUGCACUGUUUACACUCGGCUGGUCACUCUCAGCCUGACAGCUCGUACAGCACAGCUUCGUCCUUCUCCAGACCGCUGGGCUACCCCUAUGUCAACUCGGUCAGCAGCCACUCGUCUAACCCCUACAUCAGUUCAGUGCAAUCCUACCCCAACAGCUCCAGCCUGACUCAGACUCGGUUAGAGGAGACAGGGGCCGACUCGGAGAAAAGCACUGUGGUAGAAGGAGGGGAAGUUCGCUUUAAUGGGAAAGGGAAAAAAAUCCGCAAGCCCCGGACUAUUUAUUCCAGUUUGCAGUUGCAGGCUUUGAACAGGAGAUUCCAGCAAACUCAGUACUUGGCUCUGCCCGAGAGAGCCGAGCUCGCAGCCUCGCUGGGACUCACCCAGACACAGGUGAAGAUCUGGUUCCAGAACAAGCGAUCUAAAUUCAAGAAGCUAAUGAAGCAGGGAGGGGCAGCUUUGGAAAGCAGCGCUCUGGCGAAUGGCAGGGCGCUCUCGGCCAGUUCGCCCCCAGUCCCCCCAGUGUGGAACACCACCUCGUCAUCGGGUAAGACCUCUACGGGGACCCCGGGCACUUACAUACCCAGCUACACAUCGUGGUACCCUUCAGCCCACCAAGAAGCUAUGCAGCAACCUCAGCUGAUGUGA